AUGCCGGUUAAUGGAUAUGAUUUUAAUGCCAAUGAUGAGACUAGUUGGUAUUUUGGUCAACUAUCUCGAUCAGAAACAAAUGAUCUUUUACAUGAUCAAGAACCUGGAACAUUUUUAGUUCGUGAUUCAGCAACGUUAAAAGGAGAUUUUGUACUUUGUGUUCGAGAAGGUACUAAAACGAUGCAUUAUAUUAUAAAUAAAAUUGAAGAAGAUGGUGAAACACCACGUUAUAAAAUCGGAAGUAAUUUUUUUGAAAAUAUGCCAGCACUUCUCCGUCAUUAUACAACACAUUAUCUUGAUACUACGCAAUUACUCAAACCACUUUCAAAACCAAAUACAAUGUCAACAAAUAAUAAUCGAAGAGACAGUAUUUCAUCUUUUAUAACUAAUGUUGAUACCAGUCUAAAUGAAGAAUCAUCUAAAGUCGAUAGUCCAUCUCAUCAUCAACAAAAAGUAAUAUCUCAAACAACACUUGUACUUCCAGCUAAAGCACGUGUUAUUAAAGAUCGUAUUCCAAGUUUAUAUGAUAAACGUUCAUUACGUCUACAAAUAGGUGAUUUACUUAUAGUAAAUCGUGCUGAAAGUAAUGGUCAAUGUGAAGGUAUAUUAGUAAAAUCCAAUCGUCAAGGAACAUUUCCAUUUACAUAUGUUGAAUUUCUCGAUGAUGAAAAUGAACAAACAAAUCAAGAAUAA